AUGGCCGAAGCUGGAACCCUUCCAUUCGAACUACUGGCAGUUCAAAUCAUCACAAGGAUGGCCAUCCGGAUUUUAUCUAAAAACAGCAACAACAGCAUUCUACCGUUAAUCCGACGAGCGUCGGACCGGGUACAGGAACUUACGAGAACAGCGUUUCCCGCUAUCGGCCAACUAGUGAGGCAGAGUGACCGUGUGUGGCAGGCACGAAAACCGUCGAUUGUGAGGGAUCUGAAGAGAAGUGUGCGAGCUGGCGAUCCGCCGGAUAGAGUCCGAUCAGUUGUUCAACAGCUGCUUUCGACCCGGUUCCAUAGGUCGACAGUAGUCUACACCGACGGCUCGAAAUGUGAAGAUACUGUUGGAGCCGCUUUUUACUCGACCGGCCUCGCAGGAAUAUUUAGCCUUCCAAAGGCAUGCAGCAUUUUCUCUGCGGAGGCGUAUGCCUUAAAGAAAGCGGUAUCAAUUCCCAACGUCGGUGGUGAGAUCGUGGUUCUCACGGACUCGGCCAGUUGCCUGUUGGCACUAGAGUAUGGAAAAUCAAAACACCCAAGGAUCCAGGAAGUCGAAGAGAGGGUCCGCAACAAAUGUGUUCGAUUCUGCUGGAUCCUUGGACAUGCCGGCGUGAUUGGAAAUACCGAGGCUGAUCGAUUAGCGAGCGAGGCGAGGAGACAACCGGCCAUAGAUAUGCCCAUUCCGGGUGAAGACGCGUUAAGAGCGGAAAAGCAGGCGAUUCGUCUCCGGUGGGAUCACCAGUGGCACGAAACAAGGGACUCGAAACUGAGGGAAGUGAAGUACGACACAAAAAGAUGGGUAGACCGAGGUAGUGCAGCUGACCAACGUUCGCUUACGCGACUUAGGAUCGACCACACUCGGCUUACCCACACAUUUUUACUAAAAAAAGACGCGCCGCCCUCUUGCGAAUGCUGUGGUUCUGAAGUGAACGUACGAUACAUGCGACGACAAAGAAACAAUAUCAGCACUACCAGCCUGACCGAUGCCCUGGGAAACGAUGAAGAAAGUGCGACGAAGCUGCUGGCAUUCCUGCACCAAACUAGGCUGUUCAAGCAACUGUAA